UCAAGUAGGCCACGCCUUCAGUCCGUCGCGUCGCUCGCCGCACGCACACGCACACCAACCGGCCAGCACACGCCACCGUGUGCAACAAACCGCACAGCACACGCCACCGCGCCGCACACAAACCGCACCAUGCCCGCGCGCCGAGCUCUGCGCUUGUUGCGCCCGCUGUUCACACAGUCCCGCCCAUGCCACUCCUGCCAACCCCCCGGCGGCGCGCCGCCGUGCCCGCCGUGCGAGUCGGCGCCGCCGCCGCCGUGCCGAUCGCCCGCCGUCGCCGCUGUUCCCGGUCGGCGCGUCGUCUGCUGCCCGCCGCCUCAAGGCAAACGCCCGCCGUGCCCGGAAAAGGAGCCUAAUUGCCCGCUCACUUGUGAACAUCAAUUGCCACAGGAGCCUCCAAGAAAGUCAACAGGGCCUAGAAAGCUAUGCGGCGCGCAACGCGACGUGGUGGCAGAGCGCAUCCGCUGCUACGAGGAACACCAUCGGCACGUAUACGAGAACGCCGUAAAGGAGCGCAUGUCGCGCCCAAGGACCCCGCUGCCGCCGUUAAAAUGCCCGCAACCACCGGAGAAACCCCUCGAACUUGCCACCGACGGACGAAUAUAUGCUGUCGCAUCAGACGGUCCCGUACCACGUUGUUCUCCGACUCCAGUAAAAUCUUCUAACUGUCCAACCAGCCGUCCGCCGCAUCCAGAGCCACAGCCUGUAACUUUAGAGCCUCUUGGCGAUUGUCGACCAAAAGAACGCCAGGUCGUCGACCCCUGCGCGCACACACCACGCACGAUUCUCUCCAUCGAUCGAGGCAACCUAAAGCCUCAACCUGAACAGAGCUGUAGUCAAGCCAAAUCAACUGAUCCUAAGCCAUGCCAUGAAAACCCUAAGAACCAAUCUGAAAGUAGCUACAAAGGCAUCACGUCGCGCAUUAUGGAUACUAUAAGAAGUAGCCGAGCGAGCCCAAGUAAGCCGAAGCCCCAAUGGUGCAGCAAACCACCGGCGUUGGCGUCAGCACCAAAGCGGUGCCGUCAGCCUACACUCACUGAGCGUAUGCGCCGAGGUUCGCCUUCACGUAAUAAACGGCAACUGCAUACUUCAGUCACUAAUUUAGCAGAAGAGGCUCCAAAAGCAUCAGGACGCGAAGCAGCGUUAGCCGCUUCUAAAAAACUGGCAGCGGCGUUAAGCGAGCGGGAUUCGCUGAAGGAGGCCGGUCGCGGUCGCGCCGUACGCGCGCCUUCAUGCGCAUCGCCGACGCCGCCGCCGCCGCGCCCAACCGGCGGCGCUAUGGAGUUCAGCGUUCCCGCCGACGCCGAUACCGUCUGCGUACGUGUAUCUAUGGGCAAGCGUCCCAUCCCUCAAGGUCAACCAGGUACACCAACACCAAGACCAGGUACACCCAAACCAUGCUCCGGCAUCCCCUGUACCCCGCAAUCCGCAAGCGAUUCCUGGCUUUCCAUCAAAAAGCUUCAGCAGAAGAUCUCGAGCUGCGGCCGCGAUGCCCCCGCUUCCCCUAAACCAUUCGCCCCGGCGCGUCCACCGCCCCCGUGUUCCCCUCAAGGCCGUGCUAAGAUGAUAGACGUGCUAUCUCAUACUAUUUUCAUGAAAUAAAUAGGUGUAUAAGCGUGUGUGUGGUAUAAUAAAUUCUUGUGUCUAUUCAGCGAUAAAAAAA